CAAAUAUCCUUGCUGAAUCUGGUCUCACUUCAAGAUAUUUAAUGAGAACUGAAAAUACUAAAUAUGAUCGAUUUCUCAAAGAUCUCUUAAAUGAUGACAAUGCUUAUCAUAAGACUCCCGAAUUCAAUGAGAUUUUAUUGCAAAAG